GUAUACUGUUAUGUGAAGACGUUGACAAUGGUCAUAUCACUGAGAACUACCACAAGGGGCGACAGGUGAUCACUGUCACAGGUACUGAGAUACUGGAACAUUUGAUGAACCAAGAAUGGUUGAUGGCACCAUUGGAUAUCGCCAGAAUGCACCAAAGCCAUCAAUUUAAAAAAGAACCCCCCACCCCAACCCCGGACCCCUCCCCCAGUGCUCGCAUUUGUAUUUUCAGGAAUUUUCACGAAAGUCCGCAUUCAUCUCUAAUGCCAACACCUACUGAGUGCCUCUCGCCAUGGGCAUUUCCAGAGUUUGAGAGAGUCCAAUUCCCUUAAAGAAGACUGCCAAAGAUCAGACCACCAUGGUCCCUACCUGCAGUUGCCACCAAGCUCACAUUGCAUCCAUGCUCCCUCCCAUAGGUGGUUACCCCAUGGGGUGGGGGACCUUAGUUUUCUCUUUGAGCUGUGCCCAGCUGAGCUCCAUGGGUGCCAGGACCUGUUUGCCAUGGAUAACCCUUGAGAACUUAGAUCCUCAGAUCAGUGGGGUACACAAACCCCCUCACCGUGAUAAAGUGAUGUAGUAUAAAGACAGCUUAAAGAAAAUGAAUGUGGGAAGGUGUUGCCAGGAGAUUUAACACACUAUGUGGUUCCUGAUGUGGGAGUGGUAGUUGACUACCAGGAGAUCUUGGAGAUUAGGGAGCUGCAGGGGAUCGUCUUUACCCAGACAGCCUGUCAAGCUGUCCAUCACUGUAAAGGACGCAGGCCAAGAAUCUUAUGAAUGUCAACUGCUCCACACGUUGCGCAAGCUGUGCGAUUACAUUGCCCCUCCUAGAAUCAAUGUGAGAACCGCUUGGAUAGUUGGCUAACCUUUCCAGACAAUAUAACCGUCUACGAAACCUGCUGAAAGAUCCCCGACAUGACUGUGUUCUGUUUGCUAAUGAAUUUCAAGAGUUUUCCUUCUGUCUGCGGGACAAUGGGGAGAGUCACGAACAGUGGCAGACCAGGUGUGUUUACUCUGCAGCAGUAUGGUACUAUAACCACCUAGCUGGUAUGAUGGAUAUAGUGAUGAUCACGGAAGACCCGGAUGUCAUUGCUCAGUACACCAACCUCCACUCUGGAGUGUAUGUCAUCUCUGUUCAGGAAUAUUUACAAAACUUCUGGUCAGCGCUCGAGGGCGCUCGUGAAUUGUACAGUUCCAUUUGCCAGGCCCGACAGGAAAAAGAGAGUGAAGUCACAGAGAGAGAGUUUGCUGACCACCUACCAGCUGAAGUCCUGGAGGCUGGUAUCAAGUCUGGACGCUACAUUCAGGGAACUCUGAAUGUUAACAAGCACAGAGCACAAACAGAAGCUUCUGUCAGAAUAGAGGGUCUCUCCAAUAAAAAUACAGUAGAGCUGACCAGCGAGGUGUUGGUAUAUGGAAAUAAGAGUCGUAACAGGGCUGUGCAUGGCGACAUGGUCGUCGUAGAGCUGUUGCCAAAGAGUGAAUGGAGGGGGAAGGUUAGUGCCCUGACAAAAGGACAAUUGGAGGAGAAAAAUGCUCAGGACAUUCAAAGUAAACCUAUGCCUACAGGGAAUGUUGUCGGGAUCCUACAGAGGAAUUGGAGAGACUAUGUGGUAACAUUCCCCACCCAGGAGAGCACACAAUCCCAGAGCAGGAACUCUCAGCGCAUCCUAACUGUACCUUGGGACUAUCGCAUCCCGAAGAUCCGCAUUAACACACAGCAGGCUGAAGCUUUGCAGGACCACAGAGUGGUGGUGCGCAUUGACUCAUGGGAAAACACAUCACUGUAUCCUAAUGGACACAAUGUGAGGGUUCUGGGUCGAGCUGGUGAUCUUGAGACCGAAAUACAGACCAUCCUUAUCGAGAACUCCAUCAAUGUCCCUCCCUUCUCUGAUGCACAGCUGAAAGAGAUGCCGAUGAAUUCUCCCGAGAAGCCCUGGAAGGUGGAUCCUUCUGAGGUGAUUGAACGACGAGACCUGAGAGAGAGUCACCUGGUGUUCAGCAUUGACCCAGUGGACUGCGAGGAUGUUGAUGACGCACUGUCUGUGCGCAGCCUCGCAGGUGGAAAGGUGGUGGAACUUGGGGUCCACAUUGCAGAUGUUACACACUUUGUUUCUGAAGGCUCGCUCACUGACUUAGAAGCACGUGCAAGGGCUACAACUUACUACCUUGCAGACCGCAGGUAUGACAUGUUGCCAGCAAAUCUCAGUGCAGAUCUCUGCUCUCUGUUGGGAGGAGUAGACAGGUAUGCAAUGAGCGUGCUGUGGCAGCUUGACGCACACACCCUCGCCGUUAACAAUGUGUGGUAUGGUCGCACAAUCAUCCGCUCCUCUUACCAGCUACACUACGAGCUAGCUCAGGCCCUCCUCAGUGGCGAGCAUGCCGAGGUACCGGAGCUGACCAAUUUUAGCCCUUCCGAGACAGACUCCAAGUUGGCUCAGCUCACCCAGGCUCUGGAGAUACUCACCCAUGUGGCAAGACACCUCCGGGUCCAGCGAGAUCGAGGCGGUGCAUUGGAACUGGAAGGGGUGGAGGUGCGUGCACAGCUGGACAACGAAAAGAACAUCACUGCUCUGGUCCCACGCCAACCCCUCGAAAUCCACGAGACGGUGGCCGAGUGCAUGAUCUAUGCUAACCACUGGGUGGCACGCAAGAUCCAGGAGACCUUUCCUCAUCAGGCUCUGCUUCGUCAUCACCCACUACCACGACAGGAGUUCUUCACCCUUCUGGUGGACAGCGCCAAGUCCAGAGGCUUCACCAUCGAUACCGGGUCCAAUAAAGCUUUGGCUGACUCUCUGGACCGGGCUGUGGACCCACAGGACCCAUUGCUGAACAGGGUGCUGAGGAUGAUGGCCACCCAAGCCAUGUCUCAGGCACUAUAUUUCUCGACCGGUGCUAUUUCCGAAGACCAGUACUACCACUAUGGUUUGGCUCUGGACCGCUACACACACUUCACAUCACCCAUUCGUCGCUAUGCCGACAUAAUGGUCCAUCGCCUUCUGACAGCGGCCAUUGGUGUGGAGAAGGGGCAGAGCCCUGCUAAGGCACUAGCCACUAACAAAGAACUAGAUGAAUUGGCUCAUCAUAUCAACAAAAAGAACAGGGCAGCCCAGCGGGUACAAAAGGCGUCCACAGAGUUGUUCCAGUGUCUGUAUUUUAAAGAAAGAGACCCUCACACAGGCCAGUACUGCGUGGCCGAUGCUGUCAUUUACGCCAUCCGAGACAACGGUGUGUUGGCCUUUGUUCCGCUGUACGGCAUGAAGGGGCCCGUGUACAUGAAGAGCCGAGAGGGCCGGGUGCUCUCUGCAGGACAGGACGGCCCCUGCGAGUGGCAGAGCGGGUCUAUACGCUGCUAUUCGGACCGCAUCGUGACCACCUCCCUCAUUGGAACUACCACCUUCACACUGUUCAGCCACAUCACUGUUCGAAUUUGCGUGCAUUCGUCAUGGUGUCAUGCUGACAGUGUCAACCUUGAGCUUGUCAGCAACAGGCCACACCAGGGCGUUACACCACACCAGACUCCGUCGCAUGACCGCAGCCAACUGGUCCAAGAGGUGGUGCGCUUAGCUGAGGAAGCGACCCAGCAGGCUCAGGUGAAGGCGGGCUGGCAGCACAAACUCUCCAAAGAGGAGCAAGAGUUUUGCCAAACCAAAAGCCCAAACUUGUAUUUACUCCUGGAGGAGAUUCGAGAGCUUUCACUGAUGGGCCUGGAAUAUGCCACCAAGGCCUAAAGACUGUCAUGGACUCUGAUAGUUAAUUGAAGUAAUGAAUACAUAGUUUUCCCACAAUAUUUUUAACCGGAAGACAAAGUAUUUUAAACCUGUUCACUUUAGGUAUGAGUGACACAUUGAUCAGGGCAUGAUUUGGUAGUAUGAGAUGCAUUACAAUGUUCCCCCAUUAUUCGGGAGGGUUAUGUUCCUUACACCUGUGGAAAUCACAAAGUUCUGUUAACAAUGGAUGCACUAUUAAUAUACCUAUGCAUGAUAUGUA